AUGUGUCAGGUUUACAAAGCUACCUGGAGAGGCCACACCGUGGUGUAUAGUAACCUGACUGAGGAGGCUUUCCAGCAGGACUUCCUACAUGGUGUAGAGAUGCUGAAGAACAUGCAACACACUUCACAUGUCGUGCAACUGGUGGGAUCAUGCCACACAACUCUCCUCACAGAGUAUUACAGGCUUGGAUCUGCAGAAAACAUUGAGACCGUCUUAGACAGUGAGGAGUUCAGCAAGUUAAACAAUGUUUGGGCAAGAUUUAACGUGGCUCUGAGCUACCUGGAAGCAAUACAUUUCCUACACAAUAGUCCAAUUGGCACAAGGGUCAUGUGUGACUCAAAUGACCUCUUUAAGACCCUGUCCCAAUUUCUUAUCACAGAGGAUCUUAAACUUGUCUUAAAUGAUUUGGACGCGUUACCAGAAGUAAAUCCAGAAGCACGGCUUUUUGUUAAGUGUGGAAGACGAGAAAUUGUGUCUGAUUUUGUUGCACCUGAACAGCUUUGGCCCUUCGAAAGUGAGCCAUUUGAGGACUCGAGAAUGCCUUCAUAUGAUGAAAAAACGGACAUUUGGAAAAUUCCAGCUGUUGUUGACUACUUACUGGGAAAUGUAGAUGGAAGUGAUGUUGUCAGAUUACACUUGUUCAAAGUGCAUCAACAGUGUCACAACAAGAACCCCACGCAACGACCAAGUGCCAAGAUAUUAUUAAAGGAGUACAAGAGGGUUAAGAAUACACUUUUUCCUGAAUAUAUAGCAUAAUGUGACUAUUAGUCCUGGACGUACUAAAAACUUAUUAGCGUGCAAUUUAGGAGUUUUCAUUUGUACACAUAAAAUGGCUUACUAUGUUAUUUAUGACAACAUUGUGAUGUCGAUGUUAAAAAAACAUACAUUUCCCAGUGUAUUUAGCUCUGAAGAUGCAAUGCAACAUUGGCCAUUAUGUUUUUAAACUACCCGCCACUCAAUCAUAUGAUGAAUAAACAUUCCAGCCA